AUGUUCAUAGCGGCGUUGCCGUUUGAAAAAUUAGCCUCGGAAAGCCGUUGGAGCUCCGUACCACACGUAUCUUUACUUUUCUCCUUCUCUGGCCCUCUUCUUUUUCCUAUUAAGCUUUCUUUGAUUUCCAUCGUUCCUAUUCCGCCACGAUUCCAUCCCAUAACACCGGGAUUUUUAAGGAGGAUUAUGAAAGGGGAUAGAAUGGCGAAAAGAUCCUCUUUUGGAAACAUGGUGAGAAGGAGGCUUUCAGAUAUUACUAAUUCUUUGCCAAAUCCCAAGUCCCCUGUGAUUAUGGAGAAGUUUCCCUUACAUUCUGCUUCUGGCAAAGAUUAUAUUGACCAUCUUGUUAAGGAAAACGUUGGAUUGGUGAAACUUAUUCAAGACAAAAAUAAAAUCAUAGAACUAAGUGGAAUAGAGAUUCAGAAUUUGAGAGUGAGUCUUCAGAAGAUGCAGUUGCAGAACUGGAAUCUUGCUCAAUCAAAUAGUCAUAUGUCAGCGGAACUUAAUUUGGGUAAAGAAAGGUUGAAAACACUGCAACAUGAACUAGUGUGUAAGGAAGCUGUUCUUAAAGCAAAGAAUCGAGAACUUAAGGGGCCAAGAGAGGUGAACGUUGAAAAGAAUGGAUUACAGAAGGAUACAAAGGAGCAGGAAAUGGUCGAUAUGGAGGCUGGAACUAAUGAGGAUAACAAACUGGGAAAUGGAAGCAGGAGACGACAUACCUCAAGAAGCCAAUCUUUAGGCCAGUCGACGUCAUCUCAACAAGUUGGAGAGAAAGAUGCAAUGAGAACUAAAAGGCGUUGUUUGAGAAGACAGUCUGCCACUUAUAGAAUACAACAUCAUGAACCAGCAGAGAACUUGUUCGAGAAUGAAUACGACACAUUUCCAGUGGCCAGACCAUUGAAUAGUCCCACACAUGUAGAUGGAUCAUAUUCACCGCCUUCAUCUAAAGCUCGUGAAUCACGUAGAACUUCCAUUGGACGACCUCUGCGAAGUGCAGUCGAGAAGGUUGAAUCCUACAAAGAAAGACCUAUUAACAUCAAAAUGAGGAGAACAUAA